UACGUCUACUGUUUUGAAUGGAUUGACAAAAAAUUAAUUUGCAGUGUUUUUUCAAUUUCCAGCGAGCAACAAUUUGUUGAAAAAAGCUAACGUAGGCCUAAAUUACUGCAGUGAACAAAUUAUGCCUCAAACAGAAGAAUGAAUGAUCAACGCAGUGAGUGGCAGGAGUGUUGAAGUUUUUUAAUAGAUGCACCAAGAAGUAGUGUUCUUGAAUAAAAGUAGAAAAAUAAAAUUUAUAAAAUCACGCUCUAUAUUACACAAAUUUGCACACUUAUAAGAGAUGGCCACAACAGGAGGUUCAGGUCUCGCCUCAAAUAAUAGUGAGGAUGAUGUGGCUGCGGUUACGAAAACGAAACAGAUAUCAAGUGCAUUGUCAGUCAUGCAUACGCGUUCUUGGGAGACCUGUUACUAUUGUCCGUGUGAAUCCUUCAAAACGUCAGCCGAUUUUGUCAAGCACUUGCGAGACCGGCACUGCACACGUGAAGGCGGCUCCUUUGUCUGCCGGUAUGGCUUCAACGGUGUGUGUCCUUCGCUGCCAUUAGACGGCGUGUCAGAUCGUGAUUACGAUGCACACGUUGCCAAAUAUCAUGUGAAUCAAUUGACACGUGAGUUGCCACCUGAGUGGUCCGUCUUUUCAGCAGCCCAAAAUUUGCCAGCAGUGCUCAACGAUCCAUCACGUGGCAAGCAAAGCAAUCUUUUCACCAAAAAGUGGGGUGAUGCUUUCGUUGAAAAAACUUAUAUACCACCUACGCCACGUUUGCCUGAAAUCACUUAUACAGAUUUUGAUAGAUAUAUAGCGAAAAUCGGUAAACGUUAUAGGCGACAUGAGCGCAUGUGUGCACAACAAACACCUGCCGCAAUGGCUGAGCGUGAAGCUAAAGCGCCAACGUCGCCCACACAUACCGUCAGCCUUAGCGCCAUUCCAGAUAUAUUUCUAAAAGAGCAAUUAAAUUUGAAUCAUCCAGCGACAUUUGCGCUUGUAUUUCCCAGUAUUGCUGCGUCUAGCAGCGAAGAGAAUAAGCAGUCUGGACGCUUGUUACAAGAGAAGUUGUCGCAUUAUUUAGACAUUGUGGAGGUGAAAAUAGCACAUCAAGUAUCCCAAAAAUCCGCGGCGUUUUUUCAUGCGAUGACAUCACAAGACGCCAUUAUGACUGAGAUGCAGGAAGCUGCUUAUAAUGUCCGUGAAUUACGCGCUUCAUUGCGUACGCUGCAUCAGUCUGCUGUGGUGGAUUCGUUUCGAGUGAUGCGUUUUGCUCAAAGGAGGCAGAACUUUGAGGAGGCAUUGGAUAAGCUCAGUCUGAUGGCGACAGUGCAUAAGACCCAACCCAUGCUGCAACUUUUGCUUGGCACUCAGGAUUAUGUGGCGGCGCUUGACUUGAUAGGUACCACACAGGAAAUUUUAACACAAGAGCUGAUAGGCAUACACUGCUUCAAGCAUCUGCCCAUGCAACUCACCGAAAUGGAGAAGCUCAUCGAUAAGAUGCUCACUACCGAAUUCGAGCGUUACGCUACCACUGACCUCAACAGGCCGCUAAGUGACGUGCUCAAUGAAACGGAAAGUGUGUGCUCGGAAGAAGACAAAUUGGUGUGUAUCGUUAUGGGACUUUUGAGGAAAAAGAACUUCUCAUUCGUAACAGCCUAUAAGGACGAAGCAAUUGUAACCAUACGUGCCAUCAUCAAGCAACUUGUUAUCGAAGUUAUUGCCUCCAGCGAUGCAGAGCUUUGCCUUACAGGCGCCGGCGAAGAGGCGCAAAGUCUCUCCAUCAGCGAGUGGAUAGCGCUGUUGAAAAAAGCCACAGUAGCAUUGUUGACAAUUUUACAACGCAUACGCGCAGUAACCGGCAUAAUGCGACAGACAACAGACGCUGCUGCUGGACGUUGUGGUGGCGUUGAAGGCGUCGCGCAAGAUUCAGCUGUAAAUCUUAUAGAUUCUGAAGCAUUUCUAACCGCUGCUGACCAUACACAAGUGACGGAGCGACUGGAAGAGUUACUGGUGACAGUGUGUAAUUAUUGUCACGAGCGUUGCGCGAAUCUGGUGUCAACGCAGAGCUUGGAACGUGCAGUAGCUACCGUGGAUGAAGUGGAGCAAUUGACGGCGGUUGUAGAUGAAUUUAGUGCGGGUUGUGAAGAAAUUUGUGGCGCACCUAGCGUACCAUUGAAGGUUGCUGCCAAAGUGCAAGCUUCCCGCUUUGCCAAUCGUUUUCACACUGAACGCAAGCAAAAAUUGGCGCUACUACUCGACUCGGAACGUUGGCGGCAAGUAGAUAUACCAAAUGAAUUCCAAAAAAUAAUCGACCGCAUGGGCAUGCGAGAUUUCCAACAGCCGGCUAGUAAAUCCUUCGCCGAAAGCUUAGGCGCAACAUUAAAUGGCCAUAGCACUACCAACAGCAGCAGCAGUAGCAACAACAGCAACAGUAUUAAGUCGCAGGCCAAUCCAGUUUUGCUCAUCGAAGGCAAGCCAUUUAGUCUGGUUAGUGCAGCAUUGUUGCUUGUGCAAAUGCUAAGCGACUACUGCCACUGUGCCGCGCGGUUGCCCAUCAUUGCCGGCUACUUGUCACGCAACAUUGUCGACCUGUUGCGCACAUUCAAUUCGCGCUCCUGCCAGCUGGUUAUUGGCGCAGGCGCAAUGCGUGUGGCGGGCUUGAAAACCAUUACAAGCACCAAUUUAGCAUUGGUCUCACGUGCUCUACAACUUGUGCUUUGGUUAUUGCCGAAAAUCAGGGCACAUUUCGCGUCAUACGACGCGAAUUCAGUGUCUGGCUUUGAUUCGAUUGAGAAGGAUUAUCAUAGCCAUAUAAAAGAAAUUGAAAAUAAAAUUUAUAGUAUUGUUACAGAGCGGGUAUCGAUGCAGCUCGAGCAAUGGGAUGCGCGUCCGCCCAUACCAUCGCAAUCAUUUCGUAACAUUUCUCGACAUUUGGUGAAGCUGCACGAAGCGAUUGCGCCCAUACUGCCUGAACAGCAAAUACACAUUAUCUAUGGCAUAGUGCAUCGCAAUUUUAAGGACAAGCUGAGAGAACAAGUCUUGAAGCUGAAUAUUAUUAACAAUGGUGGGCCGCAACAUGGUGUGGUGACGUCAGAGCUGACGUUUUAUAUGGAAACGUUGCGUACGUUGAAAGCAUUACCCCCACCGGAAUUGAGCGACGACAUACUGGAGAGCAUAUGGACGUUUUAAAAGUAUGACGUUAUGACGCGGGGCCGUGGUGAAUCGAUUUCAACUAUUCAACUAUUGUUAUGCAAAUGUUCUACGCAUUGAUUCACCAUAUUGAUGAUUCCUUUUUUGUUAUUAUGCUUUAAGAAAAUUGUUUUAUUAUUAAUUUUACGUACCUCUAUAUAUAUUUGUUUUCAAUUAAUGCAAGCUCAUGUUUGUUGAACUGACAUUGCCAAUUCCCCUCAGGGGUGCAGCAAUGCAUUAAAACGUACAUAUACAUUUCACGUUAUUUCAAGCGACGUUAAGCAAAGAAAUAUAUAUUUUUGUAGCAGUAUGUAUAUGCGGAUGUUGGUGAGGCACA